AGGCUUUCACUGUCGAGACCGGGGGGUUUGGUGGAGAGUCGGUGGACCGGGUUUUGGGGGGGCUUCACGAUCCAGACUGCGCAGUUGGACUAAAAACAAAACAAAAACAGGACUGACCGGCGAUCAGACAGGCAACAUGGAAGUGCUGGCGGCUCUUAAUUUGGGCGAAUUUGCCCAAGUUUUCUCCAAAAUGGGAAUGUUUCCCGUGUUUGAUCUCGCUUACUACAUCGUGUCCAUCCUCUACCUCAAGUAUGAGCCAGGCUCCGUGGAGGUUUCUCGCAGGAGUCCCGUGGCCUCCUGGCUCUGUGCCAUGCUCUACUGCUUUGGUAGUUACAUCCUGGCAGACAUCAUGCUUGGAAGCAGCCCCAUCGACUAUUUCCAACACAACAGCCACAUCCUGCUGGCCUCAGCUGUCUGGUACCUCAUCUUUUACUGCCCUCUGAACCUCUUCUAUAAAUGCGUGGCUUUCCUGCCUGUCAAGCUGGUUUUGGUCGCCCUGAAGGAAGUCGUCCGCACUCGUAAGAUUGCUGCAGGUGUUCACCACGCCCACCACGCCUACCACCACGGCUUCUUCAUCAUGGUCAUUACUGGAUACGUCAAAGGGUCUGGAGUGGCUCUUAUGUCCAAUUUUGAGCAGCUGCUGCGCGGUGUGUGGAGGCCCGAGACCAACGAGAUCCUCAACAUGUCAUUCCCGACCAAAGCCAGUCUGUACGGAGCCAUCCUCUUCACCCUGCAGGAGGCUCACUGGCUGCCAGUGGCCAAGAGCACCCUCAUCCUCUUCUUCACCCUCUUCAUGGCCACAAGCAAAGUUGUGAUGACCGCCCGACACUCUCACGGCUCCCCCUUCGCCCUCAUUGAGUCCUGGAUUUGCCAUCUGCUGUUCGGCUCCCCUCUGGGAGGAUCUGAGGAAGACCAUCAUCACGCUGCCGCCGCCGCCCCAUCUUCACCUCUCAAAACCAAGGAGGAGCUGAGCGAAGGCGCCCGCAAGAGGAAGGCAAAGAAAGCCGAGUAGGACGUCGAGCUGAAAACUGCAUCACAGCCUCCACACGAAGGGACCUCCCAUUCCUUUCUAGGGAAAGGGGCAGUUUGAUGUUCAACCAAAUGAGACCCUUUCUAUUAGAGCAAAAUGGUGCUUUCUGCAUUUUACACAGAACGAGGACUCUGUAAAUACCACGGCAAACGUUUCACACUUCAGCCCAACCUGGACAUUUGAAACCUAUUUAUUUAUAUGUGCUCGUGAACAUCUGUGCUCAACACGGUGGGGUGAUCCACGUUUAGGCCUCCGUUACAUAUCAGUAGCUGUGUUACCGAGUGUCAGUGAUUUUCUCUGAGUCCAACAAACCUUAUCUCAGUUCAGAAAGAAAUAGAAAAUGCAAAUUAAUCUGACUCUCAAUCAGAAAUUCAAAUGUGAAUAAAGCAUUAUGUGAAAGAACAUUGCUGCUUUUUACAUUUCGAUGAAGACAACUUCAUGUCUUUAAAUAAAAUCAAGUCAAACACUGUG